GAGAUCCGCGCCCUCUCCCUACGCCCACCGGAAGUGAGUCCUGCAACAGUCGCAGGCAGUGAUCAUGGCCACCGCAAAAUUCCAGACGAGUUCCCCCUACGCCCAGGCCAAGCAGGUCGCUCAUCACUCGGACUACAGGCAUGAACAGUACCUUGUGAACGCCGGGCUCAGUCAAAGGAAGGUGAAGCAUGACAUCGAAGUUGCAUCUCACCUGCAAGUUAUCAACGUUGCACUCUUCGCCCUGGGUCGAGCAGGCUCGAUCCACCUGGGCAACAUCAUGAAGAACCCGCGGCUGAAUCUCAAGUACCUGGUGGAGCCGAGCGUGGAGAAGCUGGAUCGCGUGGCCCGGGAGUGGCGUCUGCCGCCCUCCGCCCUUCUGACGCCCGACCAGCAGGACACUGUGUUCGGGGAUGAGGAGCUUCACGGUGUUGUGAUUGCUACGCCCACCCACCUGCACAGAGACCUGGUGACGAAGGCGCUGAAUGCUGGGAAGGCCGUGCUGUGCGAGAAGCCAAUUGCAGAGGAAAUGGAGAGCGCUAAGCAUUGUUACGAGAUCGCACAGAAGACGGGGAAGCCCCUGAUCUGCGCGUUCAACCGGCGCUUCGACCCGAGCUUCUGCCACCUUCAGAAGGAGGUGCAGGGGGGGGCGAUCGGGCAGGUGCACUUGGUCAAGACGGUGGCCAGGGACUCGCCGCUGCCCUCUAUCGAGUACCUGAAGCAGUCGGGCGGAAUCUUCCACGACUGCGCCGUCCACGACAUCGACCUGAUCUGCUGGGUUUUGGGCGAAUACCCCGUCGAGGUGUACGCCGCCGCCUCCUCCUUCAUUCCCGAAGUGCGUGACAUCGGCGACCACGACACGGUGGCUUUCACGAUGAAGUUCUCGAGCGGCGCCCUCUCCACGACGGACCUCAGCCGCAACGCCGUCUACGGGUACGACCAGCGCCUCGAGGCAUUCGGCCCGAAAGGCAUGCUCAGCGCCCACAACGAACGCCCGUACCAGAUCCGGCGGGCGACGGAGGCGGGGGACACGGAGCCGCCCAUCCUGCAUUCCUUCCCUUCGCGUUACUACGAGGGGUACGUGAGGGAACUCGACCACUUCUGCGACGUCGUUCAAGGUCUGGACGACAACAUGCUGUCCGGUGAGAACACUCUCCGUGUGUCUAUCAUCGCCUCUGCUCUCGAGGAGUCGGUCAGGUCAGGUCAGGCGGUCAAGGUCACCUACUGAUGCCGUCGGUCUAGUUGGGGCGGAAGCUGUUUUGUUUUUGUUUUCGUUAAGUUUCGUUUUUUUUUUUUUUUUUUUUUUUUUUUUUUUUUUGGUUUUAGUUUGUUUGAGGCGGAAUUUUGUUGUUUUUGUUUCGUUUCAUGAUACUGUUUUUUUUUUUUUUUUUUUUUUUUUUAUCGUAAGUGUUUUUUUGUUUGUUGGCGAUGGAGAUUUAAUUGGCUGUUGAGGAAUGUGUAUUUGUGUGUGUACAUAUACAAAUACAUACACACACACAGCACACACACACACACA